AUGAAGAGUCAAACAUGAUUCCUAGGUUGUAGAGCCUAGUACUGGUGGGCGUGGGGUAGGGCAUAGGUUGCCAAUUUAAGGAUUCCCACUGACUACCCUUCCUCCUUGCCUCCAGAGCCACCCUGCUCUGGGCCCCAUGGAGUUUGCCCUGCUGAGUGAGGCUGAGGCCAGGAGCCCUGCACUGUCUCUGUCUGAUGCCGGCACUCCCCACCCCCCUCACCCGGAGCACAGCUGCAAGGGCCAGGAGCAUAGCGAUACGGAAAAGGCCCCACCUCAAUUGCCCGGAGGGUCCCCAACAGAGGAUGGUUCCCUAAAGAAGAAGCAGCGACGGCAACGCACGCAUUUCACCAGCCAGCAGCUGCAGGAGUUGGAAGCGACCUUCCAGAGAAACCGCUACCCCGACAUGAGCACCCGAGAAGAGAUUGCAGUGUGGACCAACCUCACCGAGGCUCGAGUUCGGGUGUGGUUCAAGAAUCGCCGGGCCAAGUGGCGGAAACGGGAGAGGAGCCAGCAAGCCGAGCUGUGCAAAGGCGGCUUCGGGGCGUCGCUAGGCGGGCUGGUGCCUCCCUACGAGGAGUUGUAUCCCGGGUACUCCUACGGGAACUGGCCACCCAAGGCCUUGGCCCCACCACUUGCAGCCAAGACCUUUCCCUUCGCCUUCAAUUCAGUCAAUGUGGGCCCGCUGGCCUCACAGCCCGUGUUCUCCCCUCCUGGCUCCAUCGCCACCGCUGCCUCUAUGGUGCCCACAGCUGCUGCGGGCGCUGCAGGAGCCGUGGCCGGCCCAGGAGGCCUGCAGGGAUUGGGCGGGGGGCCUGCGGGGCUGGCCCCGGCUGCCGUGUCUUCGGGGGCGGUGUCUUGCCCCUAUGCCUCGGCCGCCGCCGCUGCCGCCGCUGCCUCCUCCCCUUACGUAUAUCGGGACCCGUGUAACUCGAGCCUGGCCAGUCUGCGGCUCAAAGCCAAACAGCAUGCCUCCUUCAGUUAUCCCGCAGUGCCCGGACCGGCCCCUGCCGCCAACCUCAGCCCGUGCCAGUACGCCGUGGAGCGGCCAGUAUGAGCGGCCGAUCCCCCCAGCCAAUCCCACCCGCUCACCAGGAGCAGAGCAGCGGACCGAUCCGCCCGGCCUUAGACUGCAAUUCCCCAGGGCUUGCUCAGUUUCACCCCCUCAGCCCUCCCAGCACCUGGACUAGAGCCUCCCUCCUCCUCUGGGAAGAACUGGGGAGGGGGGCAGUCCCUGUUCCACCCCCUGGCCUCUGUGGUACCCUGAGUGACAAACCGAACCUAGAGGUACAGAAACAGUGGCCCCAAGCCUGAUACAGGGGAGGGGGGGCUAGGUCACUGUGAGAUGCCUGGGGGAUAUAAGUGGGGGACAAACGUUCCGCUCUUCUUGGACCCUUCCAGCUAUC